AUGGCACUCCCUGUGAAGACAACAGGCAGCUCUCUGAUGGAAUUCAUCAGUGCCCCGAGAGCAAAGUACACAAUAGUUGGAGAAGCUAUUCGCUACGUCAUCCCAGGACACAUGCAGUGCUCCAUUGGGUGCGGAGGCCCAGCCUGCAAGUAUGACAACCCCAGUUACUGGAGUGAGGACCAGCAGGCCAUUAAAGGCCUCUACUCAUCCUGGGUAACUGAUAAUCUUCUUGCAACAUCCAGACCCUCGACUGAAAUUAUUGAGAAGUAUAACAUUAUUGAUCAAUUCAAAAGAAAUGGCAUCAAAACAGUGAUCAAUCUGCAGAUAAGUGGUGAACAUGCCAGCUGUGGGAAUCCUCUGGAGCCCGAGAGCGGCUUCUCCUACCGCCCGGAGGUCUUCAUGGAGAACAACAUUUAUUUCUACAACUUUGGCUGGGAUGACUACGGAGUGGCCAACCUGACCGCAAUGCUGGACAUGGUGAAGGUCAUGGCCUUUGCCCUCCAGGAGGGAAAGAUAGCGGUCCACUGUCACGCUGGUCUCGGCAGAACAGGUGUGCUGCUGGCUUGCUUCUUGGCAUUCGCUACCAGAAUGACUGCUAAUCAGGCUAUUUUAUAUGUCCGUGCCAAACGUCCCAACUCCAUCCAGACCCGAGCUCAGCUGCGUUGUGUCAGACAGUUCGUCCAGUUCCUCAUCCCUCUGAGGAGUGUGUUUUCCUGCGCCGAGCCUCGAUCCAGCCCGGUGACUCUGUCUCAGUACCUGAAUCGGCAGAGACACAUCCUGCACGGCUGCGAGAGGAAGGAGCUCAAGCAUCUCCCGAAGAUCAUCCAGCUGGUGUGCCGGCUGCUGCUGGACAUCGCGGAGAACCGACAGGUGAUUGAGGAGGACAUCUUGGAGGCUCCUGAUAUCCAAGAUCUAGAAAUGACUCUCAGCAUCAUUGAGAAAAUGGGCCCCGAGGUGUUUGCGAAAGAGCCUCGCCUGCCGGGCACGCCCACCUUACCCAGGCACUACAACGAGCCGCCCAUCUUCUACCACCGCAAAAGUCUGAGCUACAGCGAGUCCGACUUGCGGCGGCUGGGAUCGGAGCUGAACCUCCUCACGCAGUCGCUGGCCCCCCUGUCACAGAGUAACGUGGAAAUGACCAUUUCUCCCACCGCCUCUCAGUGUCAGCGCUGGAACAGCAACAUGUCCGACGUCUCCCAGAGCUCCGCCGGCUCGCUCUGGCAGGUGAAGAACGUGGAGAAACAGAACGACGUGGCCAUCCUGCUGAAGAAAAUGAAGAGGAAAGUCAUCAAGCGAAGUGAGUCGAUGGGAAAUAACGACAUCAGCAAGAAGGGGAGCAUGUUGUCCAGAUGGAAGGCAGAGCAAAGGGAAGAACUGGUGAUGAACGGGAGCAAAACCAAAAUAAAGGAAGACGACCAAUCAGAGAAAUCAGAGGUUCCCUUCAUCACUCUGCAGUCGGAGUUGUCCUUGGAAGCAAGGCACCUGCUGGCAGCGCAGGCUCUGGCGGUGGACCUGUUCCUUGACGGGGAGGAGGAGCACAAGAGCAAAGUGUUCGCCUGGCAGGCAGAGCUGAACCAGGGCGGGGCAUGGGAGCGGCUCUGCAUGGAGAGGGAUCCAUUCAUCCUCACCGGACUCAUGUGGGCCUGGCUGGAGCAGCUGAAAGAGCCGGUCAUAUCCAUCCAAGAAGCCAAAGCCCUGGACCCGGACAACGGUGACGCUGGAAAUAUCCUCAACACACUGGACAAGGCUCCCAAAGAGACUUUAACCUGCAUCCUGGACUGCAUGGCCCAUCUGCAGGCAAUACCAGAAGAAGUUGAAAAAGCGUUUCUGAAUCGCACAAUCAAGGCUUUCACCUGGAUGGAUGUUGCUUCAGAGGAUGAGGGGAAGGUGUACACAUCCAUGUACACCGUCUUGAAAAGUGUCCUCGAGGACGAGAAAUGCAGGCUCCUCGAAACAGAAGAGGCAGCUACAAGUGCCCUCCCUCUGACAUGA